AUGCGUGAAAUUGUUCACAUUCAAGCUGGUCAGUGCGGUAAUCAGAUUGGAGCUAAGUUCUGGGAAGUGAUUUCGGAUGAGCACGGAAUUGAGCCGACCGGUAUCUACAAUGGUGAUUCGGAUCUCCAAUUGGAGAGAAUCAAUGUUUACUACAAUGAAGCUAGCGGAGGGAAGUAUGUACCUCGAGCUUGCCUUGUUGAUCUCGAACCUGGCACAAUGGAUUCCGUCCGUGCCGGACCGUUUGGCCAACUAUUUCGUCCGGAUAACUUUGUUUUUGGUCAGUCGGGUGCUGGUAACAAUUGGGCCAAAGGCCAUUAUACUGAAGGCGCCGAGCUGGUCGAUAACGUCUUAGACGUCGUGCGAAAAGAGGCUGAAAGCUGUGAUUGCCUCCAGGGCUUCCAAAUGACACAUUCGCUUGGCGGUGGCACUGGGUCAGGUAUGGGAACACUGCUGAUAUCGAAAAUUCGUGAAGAGUACCCAGAUCGAAUUAUGAACACAUUCUCGGUCGUGCCCAGUCCAAAAGUUUCCGAUACGGUAGGCCUUAUUUGA